AAAGAAGGUCUGCGACUGUAGCCGCCUGGCACGAAUCUGUACGCUUGUGUCGCUUUAAAAGAAAAGUAGGUGAUUGACCGCUACUUCAUCCCCGGUGGUACAGAGAUCACAUCAUAUGCGUACUAUGUCCAGCGCGAUCCGACCUUAUACGGCGAAGAACGAAAUACGUUCGUUCGAACUGGAAGCUGCAGAAUUUACGUUUGGCAUGGGGCCGCGAGUGUGUUUGGGGAAGGAUGUAGCUGUGAUGGAGCUGUACAAGUUGUUGCCUGAGAGGCGCCUGGCAAACAUGUUGUUGAUGGGGGCGUUGCGUACAAUGGGGUCUUUACGGGCAAAUUGACCGUUAGAUGAGUCGCCAGAUGCAUUUCAAGCCGAUUCAACAACGAUCAUGAUGUCAACGGGUCUAUUACAUAGACUGGUUG